UACAACCCAAAGACUCACAAAUGCUGCAUCUACGGAAUACUGCGUAAGGUGGUUUCGAGAUAUGCAUCUUGCCCUCGUCCUCCCCCGAAGUGUGGUCUGCGUCCCUACAACCCAAAGACCCACAAAUGCUGCAUCCGCGGAAUACAGCGUAACGUCGUUCCGAGAUAUGUAUCCUGCCCUCGUUUUCCCCGAAGUGUGGUCUGCGUCCUUACAACCCAAGUACCCACAAAUGCUGCAUCUACGGAAUACAGCGUAACGUCGUUUCGAGAUAUGCAUCUUGCCCUCAUCGUCCCCCGAAGUGUGGUCUGCGUCCUUACAACCCAAGGACCCACAAAUGCUGCAUCUACGGAAUACAGCGUAACGUCGUUUCGAGAUAUGCAUCUUGCCCUCAUCGUCCCCCGAAGUGUGGUCUGCGUCCUUACAACCCAAGGACCCACAAAUGCUGCAUCUACGGAAUACAGCGUAACGUCGUUUCGAGAUAUGCAUCUUGCCCUCGUCCUCCCCCGAAGUGUGGUCUGCGUCAAUACAACCCAAAGACCCACAAAUGCUGCAUCCGCGGAAUACUGCGAAACGUCGUUCCGAGAUAUGCAUCCUGCCCUCAUCCUCCCCCGAAGUGUGGUCUGCGUCCUUACAACCCAAGGACCCACAAAUGCUGCAUCUACGGAAUACAGCGUAACGUCGUUUUGAGAUAUGCAUCUUGCCCUCGUCCUCCCCCGAAGUGUGGUCUGCGUCCCUACAACCCAAAGACCCACAAAUGCUGCAUCCGCGGAAUACUGCGUAACGUCGUUCCGAGAUAUGCAUCCUGCCCUCGUCCUCCCCCGAAGUGUGGUCUGCGUCCUUACAACCCAAGGACCCACAAAUGCUGCAUCUACGGAAUACAGCGUAACGUCGUUUCGAGAUAUGCAUCUUGCCCUCUUCCUCCCCCGAAGUGUGGUCUGCGUCCAUACAACCCAAGGACCCACAAAUGCUGCAUCUACGGAAUACUGCGUAAAAUCGUUUCGAGAUACGCAUCUUGUCCUCGUACUCUCCCGAAGUGUGGUCUGCGUCCCUACAACCCGAAGACCCAGAAAUGUUGUGAUCGUCGAAUAAUUGUUUCCAUAUAUGGUAGUUGCCCUCUGAAGUACUAGUGGUUUCUUAACAUCCAGUGAUCUACAAGCUACCUUGACCAGAAAGUCAACGAAUUUUUCCUCGUGAGAGUUUACAUAAAAAGUAACAAUAUGGGUAAAGCUGCAAUACUAAAAGUAAAACUUAUGAGCAAUUAAUAUGCUAAUCUAACGACGAUGCUCAUGUUAAAGACAUUUAUGUAAUGUUCGAUUGAAAUAAACUUAAAUGCUUUCCUCAUUAAUGUGUUGUUGCUGUCAUAGAAAUGAGGGGUUUCCCCAUCAAAUUUUGCUUGCACAAUUUCCCUAGAAUCCUUCCUUCGUCUCGUUACUCACGUCAUUUCGUUUUUACAUGCAGCUCUGAAUUUGUAGCUGCCUUAAGGUAUAGCUCUCCCGUGUCUAUAAGCGUGUGAACAUUAAAUGGCCGAGAAAUUAACCUCAGCACUAUCCUGAUAGAGAUCACUAACCUGGUUCUAGUCCUUCUCUUCUGGCCCUUUGUUAGCGAGCAAAGACAAGUUAUGCUAUGAACUGAACAUGGCUGAACACAGUUUUGAGUGCGUCGUGGUUUUCACAAUUGGUGGGAGACAUCGUGCUAAGAGUCAAACAAUAAAAAAAAAUAUCCCUUACACAAGAAUGACUCAAUUUUAGUUUUAUGUGGGUUGUUUUUCCUUGAAAACUAUAUAUAUAUCAAUCUGAAGCUUAAAAAUGUAGAAUCAGAAGAAAUGAUUACCUUGAAGAAUAAACUGCACAGUGGAAAUCAGCGGUUGAUGGAGUGCGAAAACGUGCGAGGCUUUUUCAACAUUCCGAUCGGUUUUCGAGGAAAUCAUCAUUGAACACGGCAAAAGGAGAAGUAUUUGCACACCAGGAGCCAUCGCGGUCAAACCGCCACCUAAUAAAACACGAGCUUCAGAGCUUCGGACUCCUAAAGAUUCUAAAUAAAAAUAGCAUUUUGUGAUUCGAGGAAGGUGUGUUAUGUGCAGUCAACUCUCAAGUCGUAAAAGGGAAAGAGAGGUCUAAGAAAAAGGUCCUGAGAGUGGAAUAGCGAAAAUAAAAAAAAAAUUGAAAAAAAAGUGCUAACCAGCGUAAGAGCAGAGAAGAAGGAAAAACUAAAGGCGAAAUCAGCGGCCAAAUCGAUAAACCGGCGAUCCCAAAUACAACAAAACGUGGCGAUGAAUUUACUCGGGUCUCUAAAAGGUUUUUUUAUCCGCCGUCAAACCUCUUUCAACAAAAUAUACAUAUCAUUGUAACUGGAGUCCCUUUGAUAAACUUUUUCGCGAAAAAGUAGAGGAGCAGCUUACCCUCAAUGUCCUUAAGGUGACAAAAACAACUUUUAGCUAUAUAUUAAUUAAUCUCAAGAACAGUUUUUCUUCGACAUCUCACUAACAUUUAGUGAUCUUAAAUUAUUUUUCCACAAAACUGCAAAGAAAUAUUUUAGCUGGAGAAUGAGUGAAGACAGUUUUUCUCGCAAAAUUCGGCCCCUGAAGGUCUGUAAAAUCUUAACGCGAUCAUUUAGGGUCCUACAUUGAGAUUGUCUCGCGGGGUCAGUUUUAAGGAUCAUUCGUGUUCAGGGAUCAUUUGCAGUCCUGUGAUGCUUAACAGAGCGGCAUGGUACAACUUCCAUGUUAUCUAUCGCCACGGAAAACCUUUCUUCCUCUACACUCCAAUAUCAGUAUGUAUAUUCUCCAUAUUGUUCUUUUUACAUUUCCUGGUGAAGGUGAAGACAAAGAGAAUUUGUUUAAAAAUGAAGAGCCUCUUUGGUCUUGAGUUAAUUUACUUUAUUUUCGUGACUUUAAUGUCUGACUUAGGGGUGAUACUGUAAGGAGAAAUUAGAUGCCAGUCACUCCUCAAAGGGUCAAUGAGUCAAUUACUUGGAGUUUUUAAUUUUGAAACUAGAGUCUCAGUGAGCAGUGAAGAGACGUGUCUGACCAUCAUAGAAAACUACAAAGUGACAGCACUGGAAACGUCUCUUAAAUUUAAAAUGCUAGUAAAUUGUCUAGUCAAACGGGAGAACAACUAUAUCAGUGGUGUCAAGUAUGAUUUGAUUUUGCAAUCGUUCACUAAAACAUUAUUGAUCAUGUAAUAAGGAGAACGUGAUGUUCCUUUGAAUAUAUAUCAAGUCUAAUAUCAGUGAGUGUUAGUUUUAACUUUUCUCGGCGGAUAUUAGCUGCUUUUGUCGACCUUGUCCAAUAUAAACUUUGCAAGCUUGUGACGUGAGCAAUAAUGCUAAACACCGGUUGAGUGUAGUACGGAACUCUUGGUCUUGUUCUGUAGAACUGAAGCAUAAGUGCAUGAAAUUUCUUCUUCUGCUCGCAUGGAUUGUAGAAUCGAAUCGAAACUGCUGUGAUUGUAUAAAUUUAUGCUUCACUAAUUUAAUUAAAAGUUACCACCUAAAUGAACGAUAAGCCAGAGGUUUAGAUUACCGACUGAAAAAAAAAAAGAGCAAAUCAGUCGACGACUGUAAUAUGUCAUUUGAUGAUGAGGGAGGGAACUUGAUUUAAUAUUUGAUAAUUUCUUCCGCUUUAAUUUGUUUCUUAGUCAAAAAUCUGCCGAUUUUAUGUGUUAAUGAAAUGAUAUACAAAGGGAGAACAUCAGGGGACAAAGAAAGGGCUUUUUGUCCAUGUUUAAGGCGGGCAUGUCAAGACUUUAAAAGUACUAUUUAUAGAUAAACUAUUAUCUGAGACGCUCGCAGGAAAGAAUUAUGGAAGCUUUGUAAUGGUGGAUAGCCUUGAGAUCAGUUUUAUCGAUGCAGACAACUUCAGAAAAUGAGGGAAAUCGUUUUUCUUGCGCGAAAGAUCUAAGUGCAGAAGUCUGAGAAACAUGCAGACGUUUGUUUCCUGAUUAAAACUAAUAAUACAUUUAGCGAAAUCGACAUAUCCCAACCAACGCCCUGACUCUCCUUCCCAAGCCUUCUCGUUCUGUUGUAUACAGAUUUGUUAUGAGCUUAACCUCUGGACUCAAAAUGUUUGCAGAAACAAAGAGGCAGAUAGGUCAAAAGUGAGGAUAACAUAGAGCAUAACCUGUAAACUCGAGGAGGUUAAUUCAAAUAAAGAAGCAAAGUGGUCGAGAGAGAAUAUAACCUGUAAACUCAAGAGGUUCGUUCAAACAAAGAGACAGAUUGGUAAGAAUGUUGAUUAAAAUGACAACACAUUUGAAAGAAAAUCUUCAUACAGGAAGGGAAUAUAGUUUCAUUAAAAGUAUUUUUUAACAGUUUGAGUAGCUUUGGUUUAAAAUAGGUCAGCAUUAAAUCGGCUAUAUUUCUACUAGUUUAUUUAAAAGGAGUAGAACAUACUUAAUGGCCGCAUUCAAUCUACACAAACUAUUAAAUAGGCAUACAAAAUUAAGUUAGUUAACUUAAUUAAGUUAAUUGAUUUGAACAAUGGUGUUUGGGGAAGCUGUAGACCUGUUGUCUGGUGGCCUAGUUUGAGGCUUCCCCGAGGAAAUACCCUCUGUCCUUUGAACUUUCUCAGCUCAGUUGCAAAAGUGGUAUUGUCUGGCACAACUGUCGGUUUUCUGUCUUGAAGACCUCCCCUGAGUUUUUAUCACGUCUAAUGACGCAGUCUAUUGAUGGCUUUGCUUAACGAUUUGCCUGAUAAACAUUCGACACUAUUAUCGUAAUUACCAGUACUAUAUUUUACUUCACAGCUCUUUCGUUUAAUUUAGAACUUCAGGAAAAGAAAGGAAAAAUCCGGUGCCGUCUCCAAACCUUAAGAGGAAGAUAAUGUAAGCAAAGAAAUAAUUUUGAAGAGAAAAGCCAUCUUAACGAAAUCUGUUUUUUUUUAAUUUUUUUGUUUUUGUUUUCUAAAAGAUAAUUUGAAUCCCUCAAUAUAGAUUCUUUUACUAGGAACCGCCUACCGUAGUGCUGGGGAGGAUUCAAUUCCAACGGUCGUUUCUUCGACAGAUUUUAACUUUGAGUGACUUUUAAUACAGUUAAUACAGUACCCUUCAAUACACCAUAUGCUACCCUACACAUCAGUUGUCGGGUCAAACCAUGCGGCUACUUCAAUACGCUAAAAUAUUACCAAGAAAAUGCGGAUAUAUGAAUACACAUGCUCAGUAAAGGAAGUGCCAAACUGAAAUUGCAUUAAACUCAUGAUCAUGGAUGUUUUCAGAGGUUGAUGUCUAUAUGGAGAUGUACAUAUAUACUGUGAAACAAAGUUACGAUGAUUGAAAUUCGCCUUAAUUGUUAUUUUCCAAAAACUUGACCCAAACUCCUCAAGGCGUAGUGACACACGUCUUACCAUACCGCAGCGAACGUUUUUCUCAAACUUGAUGUUAGAGACAUUCUGCAAAAAACCCAACCUGCAUGUAACCGAGCGAAUUGGAUAUUACACCACACAAACGGACGAGGCUCUUUUUUCCAUUUUCAUAGGAUGUAAGCGUAUCUAGAGAAGUAGAGAUGAAAGCACUUAGCGCGUCAUGCAUCUAUAAAAAGUAAUAUCACCGAGUGCUCAUGUACGGAAACCUGUUCUCAGCAGAUAUUAGCUUUCAUAGUCCAACAUAAAACUUUGGUACGAGUGCAUAACACAAGUAAUGUUACUUUACUACUGUUAUGUGUUAUGUGGAACUUUGACCAACCAAAACUGAAUCAAAUCGUAACGCUUCAAUAAACCAAAUUGCAGCGACUGCUCUAAUUUGCGUCAUUCUUAUGCAGAGAAAUUUUUACCGGUAGUAUUUAGAACAGUCAACACUGAUCGAAGGUAAAUGACAUCGAUGAAAUUCUUCCUCUUGAUAUUGAAGCCCUUCUUUUGUAAUAAAGUGUUUCUGUUUCGGUGACCACGAGGGCAGAAAUUUUGAGAAACUAGAAGUUACUGAGGAAACAAUGUAAUUGGCAAAAUAUUCGCCCGGACAACUCAGUCCUGUGACUCGACGAGCUGAUAUUUGUCAUUUGUAGUAGGAGGGAUCUUGAUGAAGUCUUUUUCGCUCUGGUGAAAUUUUGAGAACAAACAAGGAAUGGAAAAGCCUAAUCUUAGAAUGGCCAUGCGCGACAUCCGUACAUUUUAGUUUUCCAGCGUAUCACCGAGGACCCAGGUGCUACAGACUAGCAUGCAGGCAAAUAUACGUAAAAAGAGACUUUUGACUGUUGCUGUUUUUCUCUUGCCAGCUCCAAAGCCUGCUUAUUGAAUAUCAUGAUAACUUAAUAUACAAAUAUUUCAUGGAUUUGACCAGUAACUUUGAGAAAACUAAAAUGAAGGCUCUGUUCACGCAAAUAGAUGAAACUUAGUUUCAGCAAUAGUUCAGAUACAGUGUAUUUAUACUGUUCGAAUUUAUUUAACUGGAUCAAGAUCGAAGUUAUAGUGGCAAAAUACCUACUUGUCUAUUUUUAUCGACAAGAACAUCGGCCGUAACAACAAAGAAAUUUUCACAUGCUCUUAUUUUAGCAUGCACAUCCUAGCCUUGAUUGCUAAACGUUCGACUAACAUUAUCUUGAGUGGGCGGCAAAUAAAAGCUACAGGCUUUCACGGCGCUCGUACAUGAUCUGGAUUAAUGCCAAUCUUGACUGAUUCGACCCACUAGGCCUCAGCAUCCUAUGCAAACUUCCUGAUUACCUAAACCUGUAUCUGUCAGUUGGCGGAGGGCGCAAGAAAAUGGCAUGGUUCUUUUUAGUUUUUAACGUAAUUACGAUGCUAAGGCAUGUUAAAGACACGGUCUCUAGCAGUGAAUGCUGGAGGAUAACUUGGUUCUUUAGUCUUGGAGUUUUAGAUACUUCAUUUGAGUACUGAGCAUGUGCAGUGAGAUAGUUUAUCAAUGUUUUCUACUGAGCUACCUGCAAGAUUGUAAAAACUGUUGAUCUUACAAGGUAUUCGGACCACAUGGAUAAUGUAAGUCACCCACUUUCUGUGGACUAAGUCAUCUAGGAUUAAUACUAUUUCACAUAUCAAUCUAGAGUAAAACUGAGGAGAAAACUAGUGUUAUUUUCGCACUUUAAUAGGAAAAUGAUCCAACCAUGUCAAGAAUCUUGGAAAAAGGCACGUCAUCAUAAGCGAAGUCCGACAUGAUUUAUUAAAACCUCUCUGGCCCUCAUAUUGACGUUGAAAGGAAGUGCAUCAACAUUGCAGACUAUUAAUGGAAACAUUUUUAUUUCCUGCUUAUUGAGCACUAAAAUUUGAAAUAUCGGUAACAGUUUCUUUCUUCCCAAUCACGGGGCCUAAGUCGAGAGAUGCCACCCUUGAGCUCAGUUCAAAUUUUUUUUUUUUAAAAAAAGACCACUGUAGGACAUCAGGUACGGAAAAGUCAAAUGUUCUUUUGAUUUUGACUACAUCCAAGUAAAACAACCUGAACCACAAAUUUCUCCAGCCACUUACGUCCGUAUUGCUCGCACUUUGUGGUAUCGUGAGAGGUGACAGGAAGGCUAUGGAACUUGAGACACAUCACAUAUACCAGCACAUACGACAACCGUUCUUUUCCUUCCUUCCUUCUGAGCGAUUAAGUUUAAUGGAGAAUCUCUCCAUUGCUAAUUAGAAACUCCUAACGUUACAUUCACAGAGGAAAUAAAUACCCUCCAAUUUAAUAGCAUUUACUUAAGCAUAAAAUUUUUGGUGAUAUUGUGGUCUUGUUAUUCCCAUCUACGUCAAUGAAUCGUACCAAUCAUGUAUUUACUUAUGUUUUGAGCCCAAUUUCGUAGGUGUUUCUUGGAAAACAAUUUGUGAUGGUCCAAAAAUAAACAUCUGAAACAUCCUCUGAGACAGACGUUUCUAAUAUUCCACCAUCAUUGUCGUGAAACAAUUUUCGUAGAAGCCAUAUUGACUCGCUAUCAUAAGUGUCUCACAGAAAAAAAGAGACCAUUUUCUACUCCAACCAUUAUUGUACACCAACAUGUAAAUCACAGAAAACUUGAAGUUGUUACGAUAGUAAAACCAAGACGACAUGACAAACAUUCGCAAACGUUUCAGAAACUAUUGGUCAGCAAUCUAAUAUUUUUGGAGAGUGGUCAUGCGAGUGGUCAUCAAAAGCAUGGAUACUCGCGCCAUUCAAGAGCCACUUUUUAAUCUCUUUCAAUUCGGCUCAAUAUAUGAAUGAAUUUCUUUGUUAAAAAGAUAUUGCUCUAUUCUUUCAAAAUUCUCUUCCACGUAGACAAUCAGACCACCCCAUUCAAGUGCUAUUUUGGAAUUUUUCGAACAGCAUAAAAAGGGAGGGAGUUUGAGCAAAAGGUACAUCGUCCGAUAGCGGUACAACCAUGGCUAGAGUUCUUCGCUUCCUCGCUGUUUUACUGGCAGCUAUAGCUGUCGUAAAUGCCGAAACCUUCGAAGAUAAUGCUGAUAAUCCUGAAGAGGUAGCAGCAGAAUCUGAGCUUCUAAACUUAAAUGAAGGUUUAGAAAACCUUUCUGAUCAAGUAGAGUACAAAGGUAUGAAAAUGGAUCUUUUCUUAAAAAAUUUCUUUGAAAUGAUAAGAAAGUAACUUAAUUCAGUCUCCCACGAAUGUGCUUCCGAGACGAAUGAUUUCUCAUUAGUUUUUAUUUCACGAACUAUCUACAGUAUUUUAAUUUUUUGUGUGAUAAAAAAUUAAACUGUUCCAAGCUUAUAAAUGUGGGAGGUGGGUGCACCAAAAAAAAAUAUUCAAUGGAUGAAUUUUAAUUUUUUAUAUCGACAAGAUGUAUAUCCUACAGUGUGAUCUGUGCGAAAUAUGGAGUCAAAAGAGCAACCUUAAUUUCAAUUUGAGGUUUUUCUUCGAGUUUUGCGAGGCUUAUUUUUGUACUCUUUACUUCUUUACAUCUGUUCCCCCGUUUUUAUCAUCUCACUGGACAUGAUGUACAGUUCCUGAUUUUUAGUCAAUAUGAUCGCAACAGUUUUUCCUUUGAAGAACUUUCUCUCUAGCCUCAAGCCUUCCUUUUCGAAUGAAUAUAUAUCUUACUAAAUUUAAGUUAACGUGUAUGUAUGCUACACAAUGUCUAGGAAUGAUGGAAUAACCUCGACCACAAGUUUCUCAAAUGAAAAUGAUUCAACAUUUCAUAAUCAAAUCACUCAAUCAAUUAAUGAGUUAAUCGGUUAAGAGUGCAACCAAUCAGUCCGUCAAUCAGUCAUUCAGUCACUCAUCCAUGUUAACAACUUAAUACUCUUUCAGCCGAGGACAGCGAAGAAACGGAAGAAGAACAGCCAGAAGAUGCUCCUAUAGAACAAGACACCGUGAAAGAAGAAACUUCAUACGAGGCAGCUGAGGAGGAGAAUGACCCAGGUGGGGCAAAACACCUUUCUAAAACUAAAGCAUGAAGUAAGCUUACAAGAUGUUGAAACUAUUCUCUUGAUAGGAGAAAUGAUUCAUUUUUCCGAUUGCAUCAUGCCACUGAAUUUUCUCUUCGAUCACUAAGUUUAAAAUGUACCAUUUUACUUCGUUUCUAUCAAUCAUUCAAUCAGUGAUUUCCAUAAAUAUGUCUAAGACCACGAAUGUCCUGUAGCUCACGAGAAGAGUUUAUGAAUUGCAAUACGCCUAAUUUCCGGUUGGAGAACUGGGAUUUAAGGAAGAGAAUUUCAUGGAAUAAUUUGCUAGAAACUCGAUUCGAUCAGCUAAUUUUUUGGCAAUAUUUUCCAUUUUCUGCAGAGGAGGAUGCCCAAGAAGACUAUCCACAAGAUGACGAUGAAAUAGAGCAUAACAUGGGUAGAAAAUUAUUUUACUAACAGUUGCCAAUACCGCGAAAUUACAGACGAAAUGUAAAAUAAUAUUGACAGCCAAUACAACAUUCAGCGGAAGAAAAUAAAUAGUUUGUUUCCGAAUGUACUAAUUCAUCUUCAUCCGAGUGAUCAAUUUCCUAUCAAAAUUGCUAACACGAAUGACAAUUUGUAAUUCUAAAAGCUGUUUGUUUCAGACCCAAGGUAUCUGAUCCAUUUGACAUGAUUGGUUCAAAUUGACCCAGUAUCUUUUAUGUAAUGAAUCAGGACUGUCCAUUAAUAUAAACCCGAUUCCCUUUGCAAGUAAAAGAAAUACAGCAACGAACUGGUGCUUUCAAAAUAGUACAGUAAACCUCGUACCUAAAUUAACAAAGUGGAAAAUGAAGAGUUUCUCAUCAGUUUCUUCAUCCCUAAAUGAGUAAUUGAGUACUGUAUCUAUAUCUUUUAAAGAACAACUAUAUAUUUCCGAGACAAUAGUACAAUUUAAGGAUUUGGUAUUCUAGUCCAGAAACAAUUCGAUAUAUUGUGGAUGAAUAAUAAUUUUUUCUUGAAUUCCCAACAGAAAACAGUGAAGAAGACGAGGAAUUGGAAGAAGAGCAAGAUGAGGACUAUUCAGGUAAAAUUUAUAAUUUAAAUAUGUAUCUUCACUAUUUCUGAACCGCACCAGUUACUUUACUCCUUCUUGAACAAUAAUUGUUUGCAUAACGAACCACCCGCUCCUUCUUCGUUUCAUUAGAUUCAGACCGAGAAGAGGGUUUCUUAGACAUGCCAAGAGAAGACGUUACUUGUGGUAAACAUUUCUUAAGUCUGACAAAAAAAUGUUGCAAUGGCAAAGUGGUCCCAAAGAAAUUCAAAUGCCUUAGUCUUCCCCUGAAGUGUGGUUGGCGUCGCUACAACCCAAAGACCCACCGAUGCUGUUACCUCGGAAAAUUGCGUAAAGUCGUUCUACGAUAUGCAACCUGCCCUAGUCCUCCCCUAACGUGUGGUUUGCGUCGCUACAACCCAAAGACCCACCGAUGCUGUUACCUCGGAAAAUUGCGUAAAGUCGUUCCACGAUAUGCAACCUGCCCCAGACCUCCCCUAACGUGUGGUUUGCGUCGCUACAACCCAAACACCCACCGAUGCUGUUACCUCGGCAAAUUGCGUAAAGUCGUUCCACGAUAUGCAAUCUGCCCUAGUCCUCCCCUAACGUGUGGUUUGCGUCGCUACAACCCAAAGACCCACCGAUGCUGUUACCUCGGAAAAUUGCGUAAAGUCGUUCCACGAUAUGCAACCUGCCCUAGACCUCCCCUAACGUGUGGUUUGCGUCGCUACAACCCAAACACCCACCGAUGCUGUUACCUCGGAAAAUUGCGUAAAGUCGUUCCACGAUAUGCAAUCUGCCCUAGUCCUCCCCUAACGUGUGGUUUGCGUCGCUACAACCCAAAGACCCACCGAUGCUGUUACCUCGGAAAAUUGCGUAAAGUCGUUCCACGAUAUGCAACCUGCCCUAGACCUCCCCUAACGUGUGGUUUGCGUCGCUACAACCCAAAGACCCACAAAUGU